UGGCAUCAAUUACCAGGCUCUCUUGUUUACCUUUCUUGCAGGCACUUCAACUGGUUUAGGUGCUCUGGUCUAGACAAUUAAACCGUGUUUUGUUUUUAUGUAUUGGAGCACUGACCGCUAGAGGACAUGUGUAGGCGGGCUGGUAUCAGUCGUGUUCAGGGAACUGAACCCGAGAAAGAUGGGCUACCUGCUCAGCUUCAAUGCCGGAGUGAUGCUGUAUGUGUCGUUCGUAGAUAUCUUGCCAGAAAUCAUUCACAAAGCCGGGCUCAAGUCAGCAAACCUCGGCUUUUUCGCCGGAUUUUUUUUAAUUCUGGUGGCAUCUCUUGUGCCAAACUGGGGGGCAACAGAUGAUAACCAUAUCGCUCACGAUGAAAAGAGGCACCUGGAAUCCACCUCCCAAAAGAAUUUCAAUCGGAUGGGAGUUCUUACUGCGUUCGCCAUUUCUCUCCAUAACCUCCCAGAAGGAAUCGCUACUUAUAUCGCCAGCAUCCGUAGCCUGGACACCAGCCUAUUAAUUUUAGUUUCAAUAGGGCUGCACAACAUCCCCGAAGGCGUAAUAGUAGCGAGCCCUAUUUACCUCGCGACCAGGUCGAAGUGGAAAGCCUUUAAAUACGCCCUAAUCAGCGGACUUUGCGAAUCGCUCACGGCAAUCAUUGUGUGUCUAUCGUUCCCCUCGCUGAUAAACUCUCAAUACAAUUUGUACCUGAUGGCGGCUGCCGCAGGCGCCAUGGUUUGCGUUUCUGUCCAGGAACUAAUUCCACAAGCCCUGCAAUGCUGCUCAAAAGUCAAGUUCGUCUAUUUGUUUUCUCUUGGUAUGUUGUUUGCUUCUUCAGCCGUUUGCUUUUUGCCUCAAGCGUCCUAGCGCCCCUCCGAAUGAG